GGGCUUUUGACUUCGCCCCGAACACAUUUCCCCUCCCGUCGCUGGGUCCCUGCGAUCGCCCCCAGCUGGUGGGGCUCGCGGAGCCUAGGGGAGCCGGGUCCUCUGAGCCGCUGCAGCGCGAGUUAAUAAACAGUUAAGUUUGGAAGACUCUGCAGACACGUUGAGGGGGAGUUACCAAGCCCAGGCAGCAAAAACAUCCUGGCACAUUCCUGGGGAGUCCUCAGCUGCCAGCAUCUGAUUAGAACCAUAUCUCUCGCCGGGAGUGGCCGCGCGGCUCCGAAGCUCCCGGCCGGCGGCUAUUUAAGCGAGGCCCGCCGCAUCCGCUGCGCUGCAGCCUGGAGGCUCCGGGCGCGGGGAAGUCAUGCUCGCUUCGCGGAGGCAAUAGCUAGCCGAAAUAAACCAAAUGUGUUCGAACAUAUGUCAGAAGGGUGACAUAAUCAUAUGAAGAAUGCUAUACCAGUUUGGCUUUGGGACGAAAUGUGAAUCUACUAGGGAAACAUACAAUUGCCCUCUGAGUCAGAAGAACAGAAGUUGCAGUGGCUACACAUAGUAGGUGUCUGUGGGAGGUUAUGUUUAUUUGAGACUUCUCCAUCGGGAUCACCUGGUGUCACCAAGUGUCCACUGGUACUGGGGUUUGCUGCCUACCUUCUUGCCAUGUCUAACGAAGUGGAAACAAGUGCAACCAAUGGUCAGCCCGACCAACAGGCCGCACCAAAAGCACCCUCAAAGAAGGAAAAAAAGAAAGGCCCUGAAAAGACAGAUGAAUAUCUCUUAGCAAGGUUCAAAGGUGAUGGUGUAAAAUAUAAGGCCAAGCUGAUUGGCAUUGAUGAUGUGCCAGAUGCAAGAGGGGAUAAAAUGAGCCAAGACUCUAUGAUGAAACUAAAGGGAAUGGCGGCAGCUGGUCGGUCUCAGGGACAACACAAACAAAGGAUCUGGGUCAACAUUUCCCUUUCUGGGAUAAAAAUAAUUGAUGAGAAAACUGGGGUAAUAGAGCAUGAACAUCCAGUAAAUAAGAUUUCUUUCAUUGCCCGUGAUGUGACAGACAACCGGGCAUUUGGUUAUGUGUGUGGAGGAGAAGGCCAGCAUCAGUUUUUUGCCAUAAAAACCGGGCAACAGGCUGAACCAUUAGUUGUUGAUCUUAAAGACCUUUUUCAAGUUAUCUAUAAUGUAAAGAAAAAGGAAGAAGAAAAGAAAAAGAUAGAGGAAGCCAACAAAGCAGUUGAGAAUGGGAGUGAGGCCCUAAUGAUUCUAGAUGACCAAACUAACAAACUGAAAUCGGGUGUUGACCAGAUGGAUUUGUUUGGGGACAUGUCUACACCUCCUGACCUAAAUAGUCCAACAGAAAACAAAGAUAUCCUGUUAGUGGAUCUAAACUCUGAAAUCGACACCAAUCAGAAUUCUUUAAGAGAAAAUCCAUUCUUAACAAACGGCAUCACCUCCUGUUCUCUUCCUCGACCAAAGCCUCAGGCAUCCUUCUUGCCUGAAAAUGCCUUUUCUGCCAAUCUCAACUUCUUUCCCACCCCUAAUCCUGAUCCUUUCCGUGACGAUCCUUUCACACAGCCAGACCAAUCGACACCUUCUUCGUUUGAUUCUCUCAAAUCUCCAGAUCAGAAGAAAGAGAAUUCGAGUAGCUCGUCUACUCCACUGAGUAAUGGGCCCCUGAAUGGUGAUGUUGACUACUUUGGUCAGCAAUUUGACCAGAUCUCUAACCGGACUGGCAAACAGGAAGCUCAGGCAGGCCCAUGGCCCUUUUCAAGUUCGCAAACCCAGCCAGCAGUGAGAACUCAAAAUGGGGUAUCUCAAAGAGAACAGAACGGCUUCUCUGUCAAAUCCUCCCCGAACCCUUUUGUGGGAAGCCCUCCCAAAGGACUAUCCAUACAGAAUGGCGUAAAGCAGGACUUGGAAAGCUCUGUCCAGUCCUCACCACAUGACUCCAUAGCCAUUAUCCCACCUCCACAAAGUACCAAACCAGGAAGAGGCAGAAGGACUGCUAAGUCUUCAGCCAAUGACUUGCUUGCAUCAGACAUCUUUGCUCCUCCCGUCUCAGAACCUUCAGGCCAGGCGUCACCCACAGGACAACCUACAGCCCUGCAGCCCAACCCUCUGGAUCUCUUCAAAACAAGUGCUCCUGCCCCAGUGGGGCCCCUGGUGGGUCUAGGUGGUGUAACUGUCACACUCCCUCAGGCAGGACCAUGGAACACAGCAUCUUUGGUCUUCAAUCAAUCCCCUUCAAUGGCUCCGGGAGCCAUGAUGGGUGGUCAACCUUCAGGUUUUGGUCAGCCCGUCAUUUUUGGUACAAGUCCAGCUGUUUCAGGUUGGAACCAGCCUUCACCCUUUGCAGCCUCAACUCCCCCUCCAGUGCCUGUUGUCUGGGGCCCUUCUGCAUCUGUGGCACCCAGUGCUUGGUCAACAACAAGCACUUUGGGGAAUCCUUUUCAGAGCAAUAUUUUUCCAGCUCCUGCUGUGUCCACUCAGCCCCCGUCCAUGCACUCCUCUCUCCUGGUCACUCCUCCUCAGCCACCUCCCAGAGCUGGCCCUCCCAAGGACAUCUCCAGUGAUGCCUUCACUGCCUUAGACCCACUUGGGGAUAAAGAAAUCAAGGAUGUGAAAGAGAUGUUUAAGGAUUUCCAACUGCGGCAGCCACCUGCUGUGCCCGCGCGGAAGGGAGAGCAGACUUCUUCUGGGACUUUGAGUGCCUUUUCCAGUUAUUUCAACAGCAAGGUUGGCAUUCCUCAGGAGAAUGCAGACCAUGAUGACUUUGAUGCUAAUCAACUAUUGAACAAGAUCAAUGAACCACCAAAGCCAGCUCCCAGACAAGUUUCCCUGCCAGUUACCAAAUCUACUGACAAUGCAUUUGAGAACCCUUUCUUUAAAGAUUCUUUUGGUUCAUCACAAGCCUCUGUGGCUUCUCCUCAACCCGUAUCUUCUGAGAUGUAUAGGGAUCCAUUUGGAAAUCCUUUUGCCUAAAUUCUGAACUUGGUCUGCAGACCAUCCAGAGGAAUAAAAAGGCAGAUCUGGAGCCUCUAUGCAUUCUCAGUAAUUGCUAGUCCCAAGAACAAGAGUUGCAAAUGGGCACAACCUAUAUCCUUCCUGUGGAAGAGGAGGCCAUUCUCUGAGCUGAAGUUCCAGAAGAGCAGUUAAUGUUCAAGAGAAAUUGAACUCAACUCAGCAACAAAGGACUCUAUUUUGAAGAGCAACAUAUCACAAAGCUAAAUGUGAUUGUGCCAAACACAUUAGGUGCUUAUUUGGGGUCAUACUAGGCCUUUAUCAAGUAACUGGAAAACUUUCUUGCAGCCACAAUCUCAUCGCCGUUAGUAGGAAGAUGGGAGGAAAAAGCUGUAGAACAAAUGUUUGGGGUUACCAUUGAAAAUCUAAUGUCUGCAAUAUUUUUCUCCUCACAACUUGGAAACGUUCCCAGUUCAUUUUCAGUCCUGUUGUGAGCACAGUUCUGAAGGGUUUAUUAUUGUCAAAAUAAGUUUUGUUUUGUUUUGUUUAUGUUGAGUUUUUAAUGUUGUCUCUUGACCCUUAAUGCUCAGGAUCUUGUGGGAGUUAAUCAACCACAUCCAAUGUUACCUUGAGGGGGAAGAAGAGGGUGAUGCUCAGAAGCUAAACAAGACGGGCCACAUGACCCUCUAUUGAUUAGCCCCAAGUAGAAAGUCCUGUGGUUUUAUGUUUAAUGGUAACAGUUGAUCAUAUAUGGCAUAAUUUUCUAUCGGCUUCCUACUCAGUCACUAUAAACACAGACUUGAAAUAGUACUUUAAAUGUCCAAAUACCUAAAUGUGCUAAACUGGAAGUAACUAUUUCUAGGUAGUUGAAUUUUUGAAAGUCAUGAUCAGCCACACAACUGUUUUGUACACACUUAUUUUCUCAUGCACUUUUCUGUAUGCAAAUAAAGCUAUAAAUUUACUCAUUUCAAUAAACUGGAGUGGCAGAAUA